AUUAAUUAAACAUGCAGUGCAAAAUUUUAAUAUAUUAAAUUUUAAUGCGGUGUACAUUAUAAUAAAAUAAUGGUGACGGUUGGUUAUUGGGAUCUAAUCUUGAUGGAUACAGAGCUGCUACAUGUUUUCACGCUACACAGGCACGCGCAAUACAAUCUCUAUAAAAAUAUACAUUUGUAUAUUUUUGACCGAAAUCGACAAUCUAUGUAACUGCCAGUUUUGAUGUAACUUCUGUAAAUCCGGAAAGGAUUUGCGUAACGCAAACCGAGAAAUUUUCAAUAGCGUUUAAAUUUAAGAGGUCCACAAACCUACAAAGGGGGCUCAAAGAGCUAUUUUUAAUAUACCUGGAUUCAUAAUGCAAAAAUUAACGCUCGUUUUAAAGUGGAUACUGUCAAUUACCCACUGGAUUGUUUAAAUAAGCUCUAACGGUUAGUCUUUUCGAAAUUUCUUUGCAACUUUUGUUUUUGUUGGCAGUUUUGGCUUCUUUUAUGCCGUACGUUGUCAUGACUGUCAAUGACGCUUCUAGCACAUGCAACAGAAACAAAAGCAGAUAUUGAAACCCCCUUUCAGAAUCCUAGAAACGGAGUAUAAGAAAAUUUAGACACCGCACCCUGUAUAUAUAGUAGAUGAAGAAGCCAAACUUACGCAUCGAACACACGAACGCUCUAUUUAACUCGCUUAAUUAUUAUAUGGGUGGGAGUGUACUGCGUCUGCUCUGCUUGAGUAAAAUCCAGGCUGAGGGUCAGUUUGUCAUGUUUAAAUUAUUGCACCCAUUCGGGACCAUAUUUGUGCAAAGUUCAAGUUAACGUUGAAGAUACUUGUGCUAAUACGCUCGCAUGGCUUCUAAAGUUAUAGUGGGGAAGUUCCAAAUAAAAAAAGACCACAAUAUUCGACUUGCCGUAAAGCUUUGAGCAUCUCACUUCUGAUGAUUGAGGCUGGUUUACCUUUGCACUGAACUUGGUAGAUAUGUUGAACGACUAUCUGAUACUUGCAAACAGCCCGUAAGCUGCAAAAGCCAGUUCUUACAACUGCAUUAUUACACAGCCAUAGCUACAACUAUGAUCCAUGCAUCUAUGGACUAGAUAAAACAUCUUGUUAGCAAAUUCGUUAGCGAUCAUUGUCUGCGGACCAUUUUUGUAUCGGAAAUACAAAACCUGCUGCUCGAAGUCGAAGACGACGCUUUAUUCUUGAAAGAACUGAGCGGCAUAUAGCAUCGGUCAAACCCUUAUUGACCUCAGAGAGCACAUGUCGAUUCGUAUGCAGUAUGGCGUGACUUUGCGUGUCUUCAUGAGCACUUCGUAACACCGAACGCUCAUUUUCAUCACUUUCUUCGUUAGCAGCUUUGCGAAAUAUUUUUUUUUUCUACCAUGGAUUUUCUGUGCUGUGCUAGAACCUGAUUCUGCUUCUUCUGUAUACUCAUUCGCGACGUUGUACGCUGUCGCUUCGGGGCUAUGAUUUCGAUGAGUAUUUGUUUAGCGCGUACCGAUUCGAUAAUAAUUGAUCUUCCCUCAAACUUCAAAACCGACGCACCGUUGUUCGCCAUGCUUGUUGUUUUGUUGUAGAAAGAAAUGGCCUUCGAACUUUCGUCUUGUAGCGGAUGAAUGCAUACCCGUUAUUGCAAACAGCUCACUAAGGAUUUUCCCAUUUUAGGUGUCGCACACUAUAUACAUACAUACAUAUACGUAGACCAGAAUUUUCAUACACUAUACCCGCGCCCGAAAUGAACGUAUGUGUUUUUAUGUGAAAGUUGCCUCGCUCUGCAAUUCCAGUGAGACGGUCGCUAAAGAAGCAUCUACUAAGACGCGUGGUGUAAUGGCUGUUCAUGUAUGAACAACGUGCGGGAAUAUUCGGGCCACUAUACUUAGGUACCUGAUUCCGUCCUCUUUCGCUCAUGGAGAGAAAAAGGUGGUUCGAGGUAUCGUAGAGCAGUUAUCGUUACUCUCAUCACGAGCCAUACUAAAGUUAAUUUUUGUACUUUUGUUACUACAUGUGAACUUGAAGUGUGACUUGGGAAAGAUUCCAUGCAAGAGCUGCGAUUUUUUAUAGUUAGAUUCAUACAAAAAAAGCGAACGCAAAGAGAAUUUGGUGGAAGAAUCGAUCGCAAUAUCGGACUGUAGAGUUGACAAUGGGAUAAUACAAAAGGUGAAUGAUAAGCCGACUCGGUCAUCGAGAAAACCAGAAAACAAAAAUAACAAACGGUGCGUAGCGCAGUGGGGAGAUAGAGUCAUUCUAACGGAACCAAAAAAAAAUUUAACAGUUCCUUAACCGUGCCGGAAGAACGACGGUCUCCAUAAAACGCUCCAAAGUGAUACCAAAAGCCUGAUAUUUCCUCAGCAGGACUAUGGCAAAAAGACAAUACAGUGAGACAAUAAUUCAAACGAAAGACGCUGCCCUAGAUGGGACAGAAUUGUGGGGAGAAUUGUGUUCGGUUGGGAACUAUGUAUGACAAGUCACUAUGCGAAAGGGCAAAAUGUGUCCCUGAAAUGUUAUUGCUGGUCAUAUUCAGGUCCUGCCAUGGCCUGCAAAUUCAUUUGACUUCAAUCCGAGCGAAAGCAUGUGGAAUUAUGUCAAAGGCCGAAUCAGAAGAUCACGAACUGAAGAACAUAGUGCUUCAAUGACAGGCCCCGGACCCGGGCCUAACGGGGAUGAUACGAAAGUGCUUUUGGGGCAUGGCAAGUCAGAAGCAGUAGAACUAACUAAUAGCCGCGGUAGCUGUUUUUCUUAUCACCGUACCUUUUAACAUGGACGUAAAUCCGAACGUGAUAAACGCUUCGCCCGAUCUAUUCUGCAUUACCCAGAUCUACCCGUCAUGUAAGGACUCACAACCGCAAUUCCAACAACUGCAGCCCCAUCAGGGGCAGUUUAAGCACCCUCAGCUAAUUGCAGAUGAAACUCCGAAGACUCGUUCGACACCGAAGCCAGCUUUCUUUCCCGUGGGUAGCGAUGGAGAAGAAAUUACCAGUAAGCCAAACAAUUCGGUAACUUCGUUUGGUACUACCAGUCGAAUGGUUUACGGUUGUCAUCUGUGUGAAGCGUCUUCUACUUCGGCAGUACAACUCAACUUUCAUUUGCAGAGGGUACACCAACUCUAUCCCUGCGCAGAAUGCAAGCUACUGUUCCAGACCCGCGACUCGCUGGCCUCCCACGAACUACUGCAGCACCGCGGCCAUUUUCCCUGCGAGUUCUGUGGCAAGGUGCUCGAAACUCAUCGAAAGUACAUAGGCCAUCGAAAAAAUCACCGUACACAAAAUAGCUGCUGUUACUACUGCGGCCUGAGCGUAUCGUCGAAGGACGAUAUGACUGCUCAUAUUGAACGUGUACACCCUCGGAGACAAUUUACCUGCGCUCUCUGCCACUACAGUCGAACAUUCCCCUCACGUUCGGACCUUCUCGCUCACCGCAGGGAGUGCGCACUCGAUCCUCUGCAAUGCCGAGUCUGUAAACAGUUCUACCAGACUCCCGAAGAACUCCUCAAACAUUCGGAGUACCACACGAAACAACAGCUAUACUACCACUGCGAAAUUUGUGGAGAGGUGACGAUCGCCGCGCCACUUCUACAGCGACAUCUGCGAGAGGUGCACGACUGUAGUUGUCCUGACGCUUUGAUUGAGACGUUUGCAAUGACCAUGCCGCGCGUACAGGAGCGUCAAAAAGAAGGCUACCGGCCAGAAGAAGCUCGGAAGCGAAUGACCGAUUUCGUUUUAAUGUCAAAGCGAAUAACGAUUAGCAUUACACGAGGCCCAGCCACUCAAGAACCUGCAGGCCAACAGCAACAACUAAAUACAAAAGAAUUAGUAGCAAUAGAACAUACUCAAGGUACCUCUGUGCCUCAAGAAUCUCGUCAGUCACAGGGUGGUCAAACACUGUCUAAGAAGGCUCGUGUCGAAAUCAUCAAAUUAGCACCGCCAUGAACGCCAUCGAGCGAAUUGGAAAUUCAACUUUGUUUGACGAUGUUUACGUUCGUCACCUAUUGUUGCAGUUAUCUUAGCCAUGCUAGGAAUUUCUGUAUAUAAAAUUCAUUAUUCCGUUCGAUAUAUGGCCUGAAGUAGUAAAACAAUGACCGAUGAUAUUUCUCAAUUGGGAAGGCGGCUGAUCUUUUGGGCAGGGACACGAAGCAGAUUGCGUUUCCAAGCGCUUUUCAAUCACAGUAACAAGGAACUGAAGUGAUUCAUUGGACCAACAGAAUUGUGUUAUAUCUCUGCGUUAUAAGUCGAUGACCUUCUAACAAGUGAUAUGUUUUGUGUGUCUACGUUCAUUUCUGUCUGUCUGGUUAACUGCAUCAAUUGCAUCGUUUCAAAACGCGCUUAAAAAAUUCUGUUUCCAUUUUCUAUUUCAUAAUCCGCUGGACGCACCAAGCUGCCCUAGCUGAUCUGAUGACACAGGGCGGAACAGUGUUAAAAAUUGUUAUUUCUGGAAGAAAACAACUCGAGUCUUUAAGAGGGCGGUUGGGCAGUGUCUAAGAUGUCGCACUCUCUCCUCUCUCUCUCUCUCUCCUCUCUCUCUAUGUUAGUAGCUGUUGGCUCAAAUAAGGGAUUUGAUCACUGUUCUUAGAUACAUCAGCAAAUCUUUUGUUGUUGUUGCUGCUGCUGCUGCUGUUGCUGUUGUUGUUGUUGUUGUUGUUGUUUUCGGUUUCGGUUUCUGUUCGUCAAAUCGGUCCGUCCCAAGAUUCAGUUCUGCUAUCCCACUGACGGCGAUGAUUAAAUCGAGGCAUUCCAACCGGUGUUAACUUUAGGGAACUAUUAUAGAGCCUUUCGUGUGACACGGUUGCUGCUAACUGCUGGUGUUGGGCCUAUCUCAGAUACAAAAAUCCUUUGCUUAUUUGCAACCGAUGAGUUUGGUUUGUGUAAAAUCUUUAGUUAAUUAUGACGAUGAUAUAUCGCUGAUUGUUGAUCCGACGUGUCGUCGUUUCACGAAUAUGUUCGAGGACGACUCCGGCCCGGUGCAGUCAUCUUACCCUAAGAACUUGUACUUUAUUUUCGCUCGUCUGCGAUCAGCGAAGACAUAAAUGUUGAAUUUGAUAAUCACAGGAAGUUGCUAUGCAAAACAUAGGCUGCUGUUAUAUAGAUAUAUCUAUUUUUUGACAAGAAAAUAGACCAAAUACGCGUUGAUCUAUACACUGUUUUCUUUUUUUUUGAAACUUGUUCGAAGAAAUGCAAUAUGAUCAUAUGUAUGUUCAAUAAUAUAGCUAAAUAAUGGUUCCGGUUGUGGAAAACGGUUAUUUACUCUCUCAAAAAAAUUAUA